AUGAAACGGCUCAGACAGAGUAUGAAACGGCUCAGACAGAACCACUCAUUCCCCCUCUCGCCCAUUUAUGCUCUCUCUUCCUCUUCUCUGUUAAACCACCACCAACCGUUCCUUGUUAACCCAUCCCAUCUUCCCCCUCUUCUGCCCGUCCUUCCUUCUGCCCUUCUCACCUUCUUCCCUUGUCACAUUCUCCUCUUCUCCUCUCCUCCCCUCCUCCCCUCCUCCUCUCCUCCUCUCGUCCCCUUCUCCCCUCCUCCCCUUCUCCCCUUGUCCCCAUCCCACCUUCUUCCUUCUCCCCUUCCCCUCUUCCCCCAUUCCACCCCCCGUCUAGACCCCUCCAUUCGCUUCCUAACCUUUGAAUGGCUUGACGAGCCUGGAGGCUUGGGGGAUUAUAUUACUGGGCUAGCCACGGCGUUUGCCUGCGCGCUCCUCACGCGCCGAGCCUUCAUCGUCCGGCACCCGUACCUCCCGCUCGCGUUCGCGCCGAACCUCGUUGAUUGGUCGUUCGGGCCGGACGUGCCUUAUGAGCCGGCUCGGAAGCUGACAGUUGAUGAAGUAUUGGCUAGAGUGGGAGAGAAGGGAGGAGAAGGAGGCGGAGGAGGAGGAGGGGGAGGAGGAGGGGGAGGAGGAGGGAAGGGAGAGUUGGUGCAGGAGGGGGAGGUGGUGAUAGUGAAUCUGAGGAACCGGUUUGUGGAACCAGAGGAGUUCUUUGCGGUGCUGGAUGGUGCGAUGAACAUCCGAGUGUCGUGGAACAGGGGUCUGCUCACCUACCUGCUCGCACAGGCGGUGGGAAAGAAAUGGACUGCCAGCCUGCACGCAUUAGGCAUACGCCCUCCCUACGCCUUUGGCUGCAUACUUCGCUUCCUUCUCAAGCCGCAACCAGAAGUCAUAUCAAAACUGCAAGCCAUGUAUCAUCAACUCCUCGCGCCUCUCAACUCCUCCUCCUCCUCCUCCUCCUCCUCUCCCUCCGCCCCCCUCCAACAUCUCACCACCGGCCAUCCACGCACCUCCCAUCUAUCCUCCCACGCCGCACAUGGCUUCUCACAUGGGCCUGCACAUGCGAUGUCAGGCCUUAGGGUGAAGGUGGUGGGGAUACACAUGAGAGCUCCGGACAAGUUCGUGUGGCAGGGGCAGCAGGGGUUUGGAGAUCCCAAGGCUAUGAUCGACGCUAAUUACACCUUCCUUGUGGCCCCCAUUGCCCCCUGCAUCGUGCUCAUGCCCCCCCCCCCCCCCUGCAUCGUCUUCCUACAGAAGCUGGAGGCGUGGUGGAAGCCUGCCUGCUCCCACCAUCGUACGCUGGAGGCCUG